CUCUUAUUGUCCUGGUUAUUAGAACAGCAGCAAAUAUACUGUACAGCAGAGAGGAUCUGUGUGAGCAGUCAUGGACGGGAGUCUGUUUGUGCUGCUGCUGCUGUCAGGAAGUUAUGGAUACAUCAUGGUACAGAGUGCAAAAACUUGGAGUGCUGCUCAGAGCUACUGCAGACAGUAUUACACAGACCUGCCCACCAUCCACAACUCUGAGGAAAACAAGCAGAUAAUUAACAUUAUGUUACAUGGAUGGUACAUAUGGAUUGGUCUUUUCCUGGACUCUUGGGAAUGGUCUGAUAAAUCAAACCUCUUCUUCAGAUACUGGGCAGCAGGUCAACCAUCUCAGAGUUCAGGAUCUGGUGACUGUGUUGGCAUGUCAACAGCCAGUUCUGGGAAAUGGAUUCAUGAAAGCUGUGAUCUACAGCAUGCUUUCAUUUGUCAUGGAGAUGCAAAAUUCAUUAGAAAUCAGAUUAUCAGAGUGAAAUUGUCCUGUAAUGGAAAAUGCACAUUGAAUGAUCCUUCACUACAGACAGACAUCCUGAAUGAGAUAAGUGAAAAGCUGAAGAGCAUGGGGCUGGAAGGUGAAAGUAAAAUAAGCUGGAGAAAGAGUGAAGGUGGAGAGGUGUUUCAUCAGGAGAGGAGCCGUACAGCCAGUUCAAAUAAAAAAUGUGCUAGACGAUGAGUUCAUUAAAAAGCAGAUUGUCAGAGUGAGAUUGUCCUGGAAUGGAAAACGCAUAAUGGCUGGACAGUGACAGCCAAAUAAGCUGGAGAAAGAGGGAAGGUGAAGACGUGUUUGAUCUGGAGAGCAAUGCUACAUCAAAAAGUGGUGAAGGCAAAAGGGUGGUGUUGCGAAUGCAGGUGAAGCCUGAUGGACAAGUGGACAUCUAGGACCCUGUAAUUAGGGCGAACAUGUUAGCUUAGGUAAAAAAUGUCUGUGUGCUGUGAAAUGCUUCAUGUUUUAAUGUCAUCAACACAUAAUAUAUAAAAUAUUUAACAAUAUAUUUGUCAUAAAGCAUUUUGUUAUUCCAUGUUAGUCCUUUUUUUCCUUCAGAUCAAUGAUGAAUUUAACAAACUUGGGCUUGGCAAUGCUAUCAAAAUACGGUGGCUCACAAGGCGGGAAAGACAGAGGAAAAACUGUGAAAAUAACACUUGCACUUUGGAUACUCUGUAGGUUUUUUUUCUUAUUAUUAUUUGUAGGCCUAUAAUAUAUUGUAACAGUUUCUUAUAAUGCUGAGUUAUAACAUAUAAUGUAGGCAUUUUAGGUUUAUUCAUAUAUUGGAUAGAAAUGGGGUUUUUAGAACACGCCUCUAUAUAGGGUACAUUAAAUUAUAAGUAGUCAAACUUUUAUCUGUAUUUGUCAGGAUUAUGGACUGUCUAUGUGUGUUUUUCUCCCCAUGUGCUCCCAUGACCCAGUUUCU